ACACCGAACCGUAUGCACUAGUCCGGCUGACAUCCAUUGUGAGUGACACAUACCCACCAAGUCUGUUCUUCAAUAAUCUAUUUCCUCUGCACAGCAGCAGUGUCCACUGUUUGUUUUCUGCAUUCGGUGCUGCGUCUCAUCAUCGUUGCUGCAAUUGCGUCCCAGUGAUCCCGCAUCCCGACUUUUGAGAGCUGUGAAAAUAUACUCGAUCCGUUCCCGAUCAGACUUUGAACUUGGCUUCUUGAUCUCCUCCUCGCAAAACUCAGACGAAAUCGUGACUAUAAGACAGGGACAUGGACACUCUGUCAUCGUUCAUCAAAGAGGAGCACCUCCUUCACCAGCAACAGCAUUCCGACAUGUUACCUCUUUUCGAUCCGCUAUUGUUUAACACAGGCCAUCACGAGUACGACGAAAGUCACAUACACCACAUGCAACACGAGAACAGCCUUUCGCCGCCGAACAAUCACCACAACCAGUACCACCAUCACCAGCAGAACAGUCGCAAGCGGCGAUCGGAGAAUUCGUUGGACUCUGAUUCCGGCGGAUCGGAGCACAGCGGGGACAGCAGCGUCCAUCACAGUAGCCACCACCAACAUCAGGAGCGCGAUGGCGGCGCUUCGUGCAGCAAACAAAGGCGACUGCAUCAAAGGCACAGAUCGGCGGCCAAUGACAUCGAUCACGGAUCCAGUUCCGGAAGCGGAAGCAACGCCUCCCCGACGCUGCUGUUGAAUCACCUCCAACAUCAAGACGUCCAAUCUCAGCGCGUUUUGGCCAACGUGCGCGAACGACAGCGGACGCAGAGUCUGAACGAAGCGUUUUCGGCCUUGCGCAAAAUCAUCCCCACCCUGCCGUCCGAUAAACUGUCGAAAAUUCAAACGUUAAAAUUAGCCGCAAGAUACAUCGAUUUCUUAUAUCAGGUGUUGAGAACGGACGACGAAGGGACGGGCGAUUCGAGUUCGGUUUUACCUACGUCAGGUGGGCACGGGUCGGCCACGGUAUCACCCGACACGUACAACUGCGCCGCCACCUCACCCGAUCCGCAGGUGAUUGGGAAUUCCAGCCGCAAUCAGAGCGCAAACGCCGGUGGCAAUUCCUCAUUUUUAGCCAACGAGUGCCUUAGCUACGCCUUCAGCGUCUGGCGGAUGGAAGGAGCGUGGAACAGCAGCCAAGCCGACGUCUCGUCCUGAAAUUGAAUUGUGGCAGGCAUCCAUCAGUCCCAAUUAUUUGUGUUUAAUAUAAAUAUUCCAGGCUAUUACGUUAGAAAAAUGAAAAACAAAAUUCAAACGAAGCCACGCCAAUUUCUAUUU